AGUGUGGUGUCGUGUCUUGUGCAACAAGUUAACAUCCAACAGACAGAAGCGUGAUUGGGUGAAAACAGCUAAAAUUCUAAGACCACUGUACAUAAGUAACCCACCACAACACAACAACCCGUCCUUGUUGUCGGUUUUUGGGUGAAAUGCGUUUUGCUGUUAACCUCCUCGUUUCUUCUUCCUCCCACCGAAGGUCUCUUUAAUGGAUGAUGUUCCUUGCGAAGCAAAGGUCAUCCCUAAUCAUUAUCGAUUUCCUACAUCUGGUGUAGAAUCUCUUGAGAAUGGAACGCCUUCUAUAACAAAACGUGGAACUGCUAAAUCUUUUAGGUUCAUCGUGGUGGAAAAGGGGAAAGCAACCAAUAAUCAGAAAUUCAUUAGUAGUGUUUGAUUGCAUUUCAAUUGAACCACUAGACAUAGCUUACUUUAGGUCUCACUGACAUCCGUAUACUUGAAGAACAUUAAGCAUAGUUUCCAUGUUCAAAUUGUUUACUCUUCCGAGGCUGUCAUGGAGCUCCGGUAAUGGUGCUCAGGAAAAGGUAGUGCUAACAGCUGCUGAAGUAGAGUCACUUCGAUCAGAACUUGCUGACAUAGAAGAGAGGGAGGCUCAAUUGAAAGCUCGGUUGGAAAACAUUGAUGAAACCUUGCGGUCAGCACGUCUAUCUGGCUAUUUGUACAUUCGAAAAAGAUGGGCAGCACUUCCAGGAGAACCUCCACCUAUAGAUGACACUGACAUAGAUGAUUGGCUUCCUCGCUUUGUUGUUCUUUAUGGUGCAUGUCUAUACUUAUAUUUGUUGUGUACAGAUCUAAGUCCUCACGAUUCAACACUUCUAUCCGAUAUUGUUGAAAUAGACCAACUACCGAGUUUUAAGCGUGAAGAUGAUGAGACGCGACACGCCUUUUAUAUCUUAACUCGUCAUGGUUUACGAUAUGAAUGCUCAAGCAGUUCUAAAAUACAGGUGGACUCGUGGUUAUCAGCUUUAAACUUUGACUGCAAAUUGGAAUCUGAUACAUCAAAGCCCAAAUAGUUCAAUACAGUUGUAACAUAUUUUGCACCUUGUUUGGUGAAUUCAAGAUGACUUGAAAGCUAACGAGUAAAUAUGACACCAAUGCCGUUUACAUUUUUGUUUUUGUUGUACAUACCCUGUAGAUAGCAGUAAUUGAAUAAAGACUGAUUAUUUUGUCA